AUGGUCUUCCACGUGCCAAACCUCACCUUGGAGGCCGCUUUGGCAGGACUGAAUGAUCAGAGCGCACGACAAGCGGAUGUCCAGGUGCUAUCGCGCCCUCCACCAUCUCUAGUCUCGCCUUCAAGUGUCGAGCCACUCGGUCUGCGAUCUGAGAGCGUUCAUUCAGCGCAAAGCGAUCCUGGAGAUUACGAGUUUGACGAGUCGCAUGGGUUUGACGAAUUGAUCGAUGGCAUGGGGUUCUUGACCGCCAAAUCUUGCAGAUCUGGAUAUACCGGUCCAACUUCUGGCAUCGCAGCCCUGAGGUUUCUGCGAUCUUUGCCAUCAGAAUAUCAUGCGGAUACUGGAUUGAUCACGAAUAACAUUGGCCAAACCCCCUUAUCUCAAGCACUGACAGAUGAGUUUGUUGACGUGGACGACAUGAUUAAUGACUACUUCUUGCUUUACCAUCCGGCAUAUCCAUUGUUACAUGAAGGUUUGUUCAGAGCACGCGUGCUUGGUGCUGUACCAAAGCCUAGGGACGGGUCGUGGCCUCUAUUAUACAACAUGGUAGUAGCUGUCGGUGCCUUCGUAGGUGGCUUGACAGACACAAACAUAGACCUCAGAUACUACAAGGUGGCCAAGGAGAGUAUCUCAUUAUCACUCCUGGAAAAGGGAUCCAUCUGCUAUGUCCAAGGUCUGACACUAAUGGCAAACUAUUUGCAGAAGCGUAACAAGCCCAACGCUGGUUUUGCCAUGAUUGGCAUAGCAUGGUCUAUGGCUCUUUCAAUCGGGCUACAUCGAGAGUUCGAAAACUCUUCUACUUCGGCAUAUACCAUGGAGAUUCGUCGACGAGCAUGGUGGACUUUGUUCGUCUUCGUCUCUGGUCAUCAGCUUACGUUUGGGAGACCUCCAGCUUCACUCAUUGGCAUCAAUUUGCGUCCACCAUUGAAUCUGGAUGACAAAGAUCUGGCUGUUGACAUGAUUUCACUACCUUCUGAGAGGGAAGGACCCGCAACAGCAACUUCUUUGAUUGCACAGAUCAAACUUGCCAGUAUUGGAAAUGCGGUCCAGGCGGAGCUUCUCACCCACCAAGUACCCGCCUUGGAGACAGCUUUACGCCUUGAUGAGGGAAUAGCGAAAUGGCUUGCGGAUCUCCCAAGAUUCUAUGACCCCGCUGUGUCAUUAUCAGCACGAUUCGACCUUGCUAAGCGAGUUCUUAUCUGGAGAUCAUACCACCUUCGUAUCGUGCUUUUUCGGCCGUUCUUGUUCCGUGCAGUAACAAGGAAUGCUCCAAUUUCUCUGGAUGACAAUGGUAUCCAGACUUGUGUCGACACAGCAAAUACGUGUGUGACCUCAGUUCAUGAAUAUGUUAUGAACAAGUCUCCUUGUAAACGUGGCUUUGCAUGGUAUGCCACGUACUGGCUGCUCACUGCGAGCGUUGUUCAUGCCACGUGUCUAGCAUACGCCCCAUAUAAUCAUUCGAAUGACGCUUGGAAAUCCAAGCUUGAACUUGCUAUUGAGGCCUUACAGAAGUUGAGGAAUGCCCAGCCCAUGGCCGAUCAAGCACAGAUGGUAUUGAGCAGACUCCUCGAAAGAUACAACUCAACAUCAUCAGGCUCACUUGCGACUCUUGGUGCCCACGCCACUGAUUCUCAUUCAAGCGCGCAUUGGCAAAUUGCGACCGGUUAUGUUCCUUUGGAUCCCGAGAAUCAUCGAAUUCCAGGUCAAGAUAUACAGGAUAUGCUUGACCCUGUUUCUAUGAGCGAGAAUAUGAUGGUUCCAGACACAGUCGCAGACAUGCUAUGGCUUUGGUCCCAAAGCGCAGACACGGAAUUUCUUGAUGCCGCAGAGAACUUUAUGUUGCAAAAUAACCAAGAUAGUUGGAAUGGCUUAUGA